AAGGUCAGUGUUGGGGUUACAGGAAUGGUCAGUGUUGGGUUACAGGGAGGGUCAGUGUUGGGGUUACAGGGAAGGUUAGUGUUUGGGUUACAGGGAGGGUCAGUGUUGGAAUUACAGGGAGGGUUAGUGUUGGGGUUACAGGGAAGGUCAGUGUUGGGGUUACAGGGAGGGUCAGUGUUGGAAUUACAGGGAGGGUCAGUGUUUGGGUUACAGGGAAGGUUAGUGUUGGGGUUACAGGGAGGGUCAGUGUUGGAAUUACAGGGAGGGUUAGUGUUGGGGUUACAGGGAAGGUCAGUGUUGGAAUUACAGGGAGGGUCAGUGUUGGGGUUACAGGGAGGGUCAGUGUUGGGGUUACAGGGAGGGUUAGUGUUGGGGUUACAGGGAGGGUUCGUGUUGGGGUUACAGGGAGGGUUAGUGUUGGGGUUACAAGGAGGGUUAGUGUUGGGGUUGCAGGGAGGGUUAAUAUUAGGGUUACAGGGAGGGUUAAUUGGCGCAUGUGGGUGUUACCUAGGGUUUUGU